UAGCUGACAACAGAUCAAAAAAAUGAUGUAUUUUUGUUUUCUUGUUUAUUUUCUGGUUAUUUUCUGGAUACAGGGUGGUGAAACACAGUUUGAAAAUAAAUUUGUUAUCAGGACUAAUGCUACCAGUGUAUUACCCAAUGAGCCCUACACCAUCACUUGUUAUUCUACUUCAUACAAUAGCUUUAACUUAACAAAGAACCACACGAAUAUUGUUCAAAGGUUCGAGAGAAAAUGCCAAUUUGAAACUGGUGUUAAUGAAAAUGACUACGAAUGUAUACCAACAUCUGCUUACCCUAGAUAUGAACUAACAUUAACUGUUCUUCAUGGUGAGAAAUAUCCAACUACAGCACAGUGGGAUUGUGUUCAUCCUAAAGAUGACAGGAUAUAUUCCAGUGUUAAUAUCACAGUUAGGAAUUCUGAUCCACGAAGAACAACAACUCAUCAUGAUAAAACAGCAUCUCCAACACAACCUCCACGCCAGUCAUCCUCCAGUUCACCUCCCGGUCAGCCACCAGUCUCUAGCACCAAUAAUGUCGACAAGCAACCAAACAUCAUUCUAAUAGCUAUUGUCUGUUCUGUGGUUGUUUGUGUUUUGGUAAUCACCGUGAUCGCCGUGAUGUUUGUGUAUAAUAAACGAAAAAAAGAUCUGGCUAAGCUAGGGUCAACAAGACCAAUAGCACGAGAACCAAUGAGAUUUCAAGAUGAUGGUACUUACGUUAAAGUUGAUAAACUACCACCACCAAAAUAUGAUUGGAAUGUUCGCGAUGAGGAUUUCGUUAGCCUUCAUGAAACUCUUCAGGUUGAUAGUGUACCAGAAAGUUCCAACCCUAAUUUUGAUGCCAGUAAGGUUUAUGGAGUUGUUUGUAAGAAUUCCGUUGCUAAUUCUAAGGACCCUUAUGGAGGUGAUGAGGCCGGAAAAAGCAACCCGAAUUUUGAUGCUGAUAAAGUGUACGGAGUAGUGGAUAAAUCUGCGAAUUGA